GUGCGUGCGCGCGCGUGCGCGUGCGUUUGAAAGCGAGACAGAAAGGGGCGUGGGUGCCGAAUCAACUCCGACAAGUAAGAGCAGCCCCAACUCCACUUCUCGUGCGGAGCAAGUGGCGGCAGAGCGUGCGAGCCGGGUGAAAAAGUGCUACUCAUCGAACUAUCCCACCGGAGCGGGACCCCCGACCACCUGUGAGCCAUGGAAGAAGACGCGCGCCACGCCGAGCCCAGCAGCGCCUCGGGCAGCACGCACACGCUGCCGCAGCCCUCCGAGCACCUCGAGCUGCUCACCCCGAGCUUCAGCCCGUCCUCCGCCCCGGCCUCCCCGACCCCGACGGGCGCGAGGAGUCCGACCAGCCCGACCGCGCCGGGCAGCCCGGCGGCCGGCGGCCAGGUGAGCGCCAUCACCGUGGUGGCGCUGCUCGACAAGCUGGUCAACAUGCUGGGGGCGGUGCAGGACAACCAGCAGCGGAUGGAGCAGCGGCAGGCCGACCUGGAGGGCGCCGUGCGGGUCGUGCAGGGCGACGUGACGCGCCUGUCCAAGACGCACGUCGCCACCGCCAACUGCGUCAGCAAGCUGCUGGAGCGCUCGCGCAAGGUCAGCGGCCACCUGAAGGACGUGAAGGAGCGCAUGGACAAGCAGGCGGUGCAGGUGAAGCGGCUGGAGGCGAACCACGGCCACCUGCUGAAGAGGAACCACUUCAAAGUGAUCAUCUUCCAGGAAGACAAUGAGAUCCCUUCCAGUGUGUUGGUCAAGGACUCCCUCAAGACCCCACAACCAAGCCAGUAUGAUGCAGAAUCCACCCAGCCUAACCCAUCUAUCACAGGCUCUGUUGAUGGCUUCCGGGCCAACGACGAGGUUCUCCAGACCAUUAGCCUGUCCUCAGAUGAGGACGAGGAUUUUGAAGCAUACCAGAAUGAAAUAGGGAUGCUGGCGGGUGAAGCUGAAUUGGGUUUGGGCACUUCCCGCACAUUUGAGAGAAGAGCUGACAAGUUCAAGCGCUCCAGCCUUAAAAAGGUUGAUAGCCUCAAGAAGGCCUUUUCUCGCCAGAGCAUUGAGAAGAAGAUGACCCAGAUCUCCACCAAGAUUGUGCCACCGGAGAAGCGUGAGAAAAUAAAGAAGAGUCUCACCCCUAACCACCCCAAGAGCCCAACUGCCAAGGCUUCCUCAUUCAAGGUGUCUCCCAUGACCUUCAACAUUAAGAAGGUCAGAGAUGGGGAGGUACCCACACCAGACAUCUGCUCACCUGGGGAAGAAGCCCAUGUGGAGAUUCCUACUCUGGGAAGCUUGGAUGUUGAGGUUCCCUUGGCAGAGGUGCAUGCCCAUGAGAGUGUUGUGGAGGAGAUUCAGGAGAUACUGAGUCCUUCCACCCCAGAAAGCAUGAAGGCAGAGCUGGCAAUAAAUGGCAAAGCACCAAGCAUUGAGUGUGAGAUUAAUGGUGAUCACGCUGCUGGGCUGGCAGUGCCGGAACUUGAUGAAGAUGUUGGCGAGGAAGAAGACGAUGAGGAAGAGGAAGAAGUGAAGCACAAAACCCCUGUUGAAACUGCAGCCGAUGUCCAGAUUCCAAAAGCAACAACUGCUGUGGAGCAAGUGUCUUAAUAUGAUUUGAUUUUGUUGAGCAUCACUUUAAUUUCACAUUCGUUCUUUUCUUCCUCAAAUGUCUGCAUUUAACACCGAUCAGGCUCAAAUUAUCCCUCCAUUGUAAAAAGUCUUAUUGUUGUCAGCACCCAUAAAAACAUACUCUUAGCUUCCUAUGCUAGUCCAUCCUUGGACCUUUCCUACUAGACUAAUUUUGAUUAUCACCAGCAUAGACCUAACAGCAUAAGAGGCUAGGUCAAUAGCUAAACCUCACAAUGUACCUCACUCGUCUUCUGUUUCCACCGAUGCAGUGCCGGUACCUAAUCAAGAACUGGCUCCAUGCAAUUCCAAGUCAGGUGCUGAUGCCAACAAGCUCUCACUGGAAUGGCUCAGCAAAAUUGCUGGCCCAAAAGUUGGACCCACUGACGUCAGUGGCUGUUUAAGGUUCUACCCGCAAGAAAUUCUCAGACAUGUUAAGAAAAAUAUAGUGAAACAGCAUCGGUGAGAUGCUCUCCAAAACCUUCAAAUGUUAGAUGUACUGACUAAAAAUAAAAUUCAUUAGACAAAGCCAGCAAAGCCGUUGCGUUCUGUCAGCCACUUCUUCUUCUCAAUGAAAAUUACCCCAACUUCUGCUACAUAACGUUCUUCUACUUUUGAGGUUUAUUUGUGGUAUGCAAACAACCGACUGGUACAUUACCGCCAACAACUGGUAUGCAGUGAGGACUACAUAUCAUGUGGAUCUCAAACCUGUUGAAAUGUGAGCCAGCCUUCAAAAGGAGCCAGUUCUAAACUGGCUCUGCUCCAGCAUCGCUCUGGUGCAAAAGAGGCACAAGAGUGUUUCCUAAACUCUCUAGGUAGGUUGUCCGAGGAAAACAACUUUUCUUCAGUGGACCAUAACUCACUCCCAACAACUGGUGCCCAACACUUCAGCAGCAGCACAUCUCCAGGCUGGUGAGCCAACGACCUCCCUCCUGUUGUGUUAGUCUGACUCUGGACCUCCCUUCCUCACUGACAAACAGUCUCUUUGUUCUUUUGCAGUUCUUGUGAAAAAUAGUAAAUCUACAGCCACUGCGGUACUGCCCAAAGCCUAUUGAGGCAGUGUGUUGCCAGGUUGUGCAAGUUUUGGAAUGGGCAGUUUCUAGGUUUUCUGUGAAAAUAUGCUGGGCGUUUUGCUGUGAACCGGGGGUUGUUUCUGGGGUUUUUUUUGGACCUGUGCUGAAAAACUUAACAGGUGACUGUAGUCUUGACUAAUCAUCUGUCCUUCACCUGCAGUUGUAACAAGUGUGUGUUACUUUCCUAGUGAGAUCUGCUUCAUCAUUUCCAACUUUAUCAUUGAUAACCUAACUACUGAAGGUGCCCCAAUGAAUUACAUGGGGAACGUAAAAAAUAUAGUAAUUUCUGAUUGCCAAUUGAGUUGACCACCGCCACCAACUAACAAUUAAACUUUUAAUUGCUAAAAAGUAGAGUGUAGCAUUAAAUAAUUUAAAAUAGUCAAAAUGUUCUUGCAAAUACAAAGAUAAUAUAUGACAAUAUAAUGUAUGUCUGAACUCAGCCCCACUGAUGAAGGACACCACUGCAGAAUAGAAGCUGCUCUAGAUGGAGAGAAAAAUAUAUUACUGGCUUAAAUAACCCUCCUGGUCGAUUCUAAAGCCCUGUGUCUUUUCUGCAGGGCAACUUUGUAUGUUUAUGUACCAGAAUUAUUGUCUACGUGAGGCACACUACUAGGUAUUUACAGCUUAUUCACCAUAAACUAUGAACUUUAACUGCCUUGAGUAUGUGUUCUUAGACAGUAAAUGUAUCCGUAAAAAAUGAUUUGCAUCACUAUAUGAUGGGUGUAAUAAGUCAUCUUUUACUUUCAGGCAUCCAUAACCUGCAUUGGGAAAAGUUUGCUCAGUUUCAUAUGUUUAACACACACACUAUCUCACAAACGUUAACAUGCACUCAUACUCUUUAGUGCCUUUACCUUGCACAAGCUGGUAUGAGAAAUUCAUCUCUUGAUGGAAUGGAUUCCUAUGUUUAUUUGUAGAUAAGAGAGAUAGUAAAGCAUGCCUGAAUUUUUUUUUCUAUUCUCAGGAAUUCCUUUGAUUAUCAACUACAAAAAUAUAAGUUUAAAAGUAGUGCAAAUACAUUUGUCACAAUAAACUUCACAUGUUUGGAAGUGGUACCUGAAAGUUUCUUUAAUGUGACACUCCUCUUGUUUUACAUUGUUAGUGCUUUACCAGCCUUAGUUAGAUUUCUAAUGCUGGACUCCCUUAAACAUUUUUGCAAGUGUUACCAGGUGCCAAGGAUCCAAAUACUAGAGGUCACAGAAGUGCAUAAAGGCAGAGGACAGCAUUCCUAGGUUUGACGGAUGACUACUGCUCAGCCCAUUUUUCAUGCCCUUGGCCUCCUUGCUGAGAGUGCAAAGAGAAGACGAUGCUCUCUGGAGCCACAGGUGUUCUGCCCCUGUAGAGGCUCCUGGGCUUGAGUCUGUGGGUGUUGGGAAUUUUGGAAAAGGAUUUUAGUUGUUGGAAAGGAUAAUAAACUUGUCUUUGUGUUUUGCAUAUGUGCGGCUUGGAAGAGAGGUGUCUGCAGCGGGUUAAACCAUGAGAAUUGAAAUAUGUUUUUGGGGUUAUUGGAACCAAAUGCUGGCUGCUACAGAAUUGGGAAACCUAUUUUUCAGUUGCUCCACUUCAGCCCACAUCCAUUAUACCGCUCCUAAAUAAGGCAGAGCAAUAGAUUCUCAACUUUUUUAAGUCAAAACGUGGUGGUUAAAAUAUUUCAUAUCUAAAUUAUGCAAGAAAAAACAUUGAGGUCUGAUAAAGACAAACGAUAUUUACAAUAUGUGACAUUACACUACUUGAAAAAGUAAUAUACUCAAAUACUUUGAGGUGCUUCAUGUUAUAUAAAAGUUAACCAGUCUGCUCAACAUGUAAGGGUAAAAUAAAAAGGCAUAAAUAACUAAAUAACAUAAAUAAAAAAUGUUACCCAUGUGCUUAAUCAGGCUGCUGAUUAUUUUUUCUUUUUAAUUCUUUGUGUAAAUCAUGAAACACUAGGCUUACAGUAUGAAUACAUUCUGUACGAGGUUAAAAUGUGACUGGCUCUGAUGUUUAUCUGCUUAUCCAUGCAAAUGUGUAACUGCAGUGAUAUCUCUGUCUGCUAAUGUGGAAAAAUGAUUAUCUACAAAUAAAUAUCUCAACAUGUGUACAUGUGUGUAAAAGUCUGUUUCUAUGUGUUCUGAAAUAUAAAACUGGAUCAUAUGUGAGGACCACCGUUUGCUGCAAAGCUUAGACAUUACCCACAGCACAGGUUGUGAUAUUGAGUUUAAUGUCAUCUUUUUUUCUUUUUUUUUUUUUUACUUUUUAGCCUGUUAAUGUCGUUAACCACUUCAACCAAAGAGGUUUCCCCUCACAGCAGAAGAUUCCCUGCCACUUGAGUGUCAAAAUGUACACCUGCCGACACUUGUUUCAGGCAUCUGGUAAGCAUGCAGGAAUUACCUUUCGAAAUGUAGUAUUGUAUACAUCAAUAAAGAUUUCAUAAAAUUCA